CACAUAGCACUGCAUGGUAAAAAGAAAAAAAAGGAUGCCGAAAUCCUUUUUUCGUCCGGCAGUUUCUCUUCAGCAGGGCUAGGCUAGUCAGGCAGCGUGCUAGAUACCUCCACGUGGAAUUGGAAAGGUCCUUUUUAGUACACGGCGCAGCCGCCUCUAUGAGGCCCUCUUUUCCGCCACCGUCGUUGCCGGUGCGGGAUGAGUGCGUGGAGCUAUCACCACUGAGAGUAUCUGGACCUGAAACUACUGCGCUGUCGGUCAUGGGGACGACCGGCGGGUCAGGAGGCAGAGGGGCUUGGUUUUUCUCCGAACGGCUACGGUUGCCUGUCUGCUGUCUGGGUGUCUUCGUGUGUUACUUCUGGUACGGCGUCCUGCAAGAGACAAUUACAAGAGGCAAAUAUGGGGAAGGAGCAAAGCAGGAGAAAUUCAGAUAUGCUCUGUCUUUAGUCUUUAUUCAGUGUGUGAUGAAUGCCAUUUUCGCUAAGCUAAUGAUCCAGUUUUUUGAUGCUGUCAAGGUGGACCGGACUCAGAAUUGGCUCUACGCAGCUUGUUCUCUCUCCUAUCUAGGAGCAAUGGUGUCCAGCAACUCAGCACUUCAGUUUGUCAACUACCCAACUCAGGUCCUUGGAAAGUCCUGUAAACCCAUCCCAGUCAUGCUCCUGGGGGUGACAGUGCUGAAGAAGAAAUAUCCAUUGUCCAAAUAUUUAUGCGUCUUACUGAUUGUCACAGGUGUGGCCCUGUUUAUGUACAAGCCAAAAAAUGUAGGAAGUGUUGGGGAUGAGCAUAUUUUCGGUUAUGGGGAACUCCUGCUGUUGCUGUCUUUGACUCUGGAUGGUUUAACUGGGGUGUCUCAAGACCAUAUGAGAGCUCACUACCAGACUGGUUCCAAUCAUAUGAUGUUAAAUGUUAAUCUAUGGUCCACUUUGGUCCUGGGUGCUGGUAUUCUCUUUACAGGUGAGCUUUGGGAAUUCUUGAGUUUCACUGAGCGUUAUCCUACCAUCAUCUAUAAUAUCCUUCUCUUUGGCCUAACCAGUGCUUUAGGUCAGCCAUAAGAGCAGCGAUGGAUGUUCACUGACUUCCCAAGAAGGGGCAGAGGGAAUUCAAAAGAGUAGGAUUGGGUAUUUUAUGUAGUUAUUAUUGAAGCACUCAGUUAAUAGCAAAAACUCAAGGAAAAUCAAACCAAACCCAAAUAUAUACGGUGAUGCUUAAAUGUUUCUGAAUCCCUUUGAAUGUCCAAUAUUUGUCAAGAAUGUGAUUUAUUUUCUUCUCAAGUCUUAAAACUAGGUAUGGAGAAUUUCUUUUAAAAAAUGAAUAAAAAACUUUAUAUUCUUUCAUUUAUUGAAGAAAAUUAUUUCAAACUACAUAUUUUUUACUGGAAAAAGUAUGUGAACUCUCCAAGUUUAUCAGUGCAUUUAAAGGGGAAAUUUAGAAUCUGGUUUCAAUCAAUCAAUCAGGUAUGAAUACGAGAGGUCCUGCUUUAUUUUUUUUUUUAAACAGAAUUUGGGAUAUUCACAAUCAAAGGCUCAUCUUCAUACCUUAGGUAUGUGAAAAUGUGUUAUGACUCAAAAACAGCAUAUUUCUGGGGACCUCCAAUUCUUCCCUCCCCCCACCAAAAAAAAAUAAGCUGAUUAUGCUCAGCGGGCUGGAAAAAGUUACAAACUUAUUUCCAAAGAGUUUGCAUUUCAUCAAUCAAUUCUCAACCCUACUGCUACCCUCCCUGAGGGUGUGGUUGACCAAUCAAGGCCAUACAAGUGUGAGGCAUGUAAUACUCUAGGGACAAAAACCCAAAGCAGACAAGUCAUAUGACCAAAGAAUGAUAAUAGCUGAAGAAAGUUAAUGUUUUGGAAUGGGCAAAUCAAAGUCCUGGUCUUAAUCCUUUAGAAAUGGUGAAAGAAGACAUAAAGCAAGCAGUUCAUGUGAGAAAUUAAUAACAAUGAUUUUGAAGGCUCACAUACUUUUGCCACAUACAAAUAUGUAGCUUUCAUUUCCCUCAAUACAUGAACAAGUAUGUCUUUGAUUCACUUAUUUAAUGAGGUUCACUUUAUCCAGUUUUAGAGUUUGUGUGGAGAACAUAUUUUUAUGUCAUAUUUUUGCAGAAACAUUGAAAAUCCAAAAGGGUUCACAAAUUUUAAGCAUCACACAAGUUAGUUAUUACAAAUUUUCUCCAUUGCUUUUACAUGACUCUGGAGUAGCCAGAAGAAUUAUAGCGGCUCGAGCAAAGCCAUCAUACAACUAUUAGGCAUAUUCUCAUUUAGAAGAAUGAGCUGGAGGUCAUCCCAUGAGGAAGGGUUGGCUAUCCACAUUGUGAAGUAAGUGAUAAGUGGUUUUAGCCCUGAGGUGAUCCGACUGGCUUUGCUUCAAAGAAGCAAAUGGUGUGUUCUUUAAUCAGUUCAGGCCAGUGUUAUGGAAGAAGGCUUCUCUCAAGCUGUUCUCCUACUGUUGGACAAAGCCCUCCCUAUCUUGGAGGAUUCAGGAUUGCUUAUAUCAUGCCAAGAAGUCUCUGAGGCUGGACAACUGUGCCAUAGAGAGCCUGCAAUUUGUUUCAUGCUGCUUGUCUUCUCCCAACUGUUGGUACAAAAAAGAUUAAGAAACCCAAUACUGUGGGCUGAAGAAUACCAGCCUAAAGCUCCUAGCAAUCAUCAUCAUCAUCAACAUGAUCAUCAUCUCCUCCUCCUGCGUCAACCAUUUUUAAUUGAUACUGUAGCAAUUUUCCAGGCUUCAUGACUGAGUAGAUUGGCUAGAGAGGCUUUUUAAUAGACAAUCCACCAGGUGAAAUAAUAAUAACAAUAAUGUUGUUUAAAAAGAAAUAAUGAAAUGUAGAUGGUUUUUUUUUAAAAAAAAAGUUGUGAAUAGAGUUGAAAUGCAAUUAACAGAAACACCUAGACAAGAACUAACAUAACUGGAGGAGAUGACAAGAAAAUUGUUUUGUAUAAAAACUAUUUUUAACAAUAAAUUGAACCUUGACUACACAGGA